UGACGACUAUUAUCGCAGUUUUCUUUUGCUGUAGCAGCCGCAGCUAUUGGAAUAUUUUUGAUUUUAUUAAUUGCAAAUACACGAUUUCAAUCUUUACUGAAAACACAGGCGAAAAUGUUUAUCUCGAAUUACCUUAACAGGAAAGCAGAAAAGUGAUAGACAGCGGUUCCAGUGGCAUCUACAGAUAUUUAUUCAUUUCUUUUUGUGUGCCUCCUGAUCUCCUUGUUAUCUAGACCUCACCAAAAAGCCCUCUCAUGAUAUUGCCCCCUCCGUUUAAUGUGUCCUGACACAAAGCUUAUUUGAUCUGCUAAGCUGUCUGUGCGUUUCCUUGUAUUGAACUACUUAUUAUGUAGCUCAGUCCGCUUCGGGUGGUGUGUUGGCGUUAGUUUUCGGUUGUUAUGGUCUUAUUCCAACACCUUGGUUUUCUCCUACCACGUUAUCUUACCAAACAAACAGGUUGCGCUUCACGAUAGUCGCUGGUGUUAGUGUCUGUACGAUCAGCAGUUAACAAUCAGUGUACCGGAGCACAACGCAAACUAAAUGUGCUACUAUUUCGUACGCUAAGUUCUUCCGUAGUCCUACUCAAUGCUGUUUCUCGUCUGGCCUCAUGCCUCCACUGCUUCUGCUGCUGCCGCCGUUACUGCUGCUCAUGUCAAUGGUAGCGGCGUGAUCGUUCAUUCUCUGUCGACAACUGUCGUCGGCACCGCCAUCUGGCCGCCGUCUGGUGUGUUUUGGUUGUAAUGGUAGUCUAAUGACUUGAGUCUGUAGUCUGCGCCAGUGUGUAUACUCACUCUCAGUUGACUGCUGCCUCUGCUUGGCUUGUCGGUGUCGUCCGUUUGACCAAGUGCGUGUGUGCUACCCCAUACCAGUACACUUAUGCGUUAUUACGACGAACUACGACUACUGCAGAGGACUGAUGCUGACUGGCUGGCUGACUGAUUGACUGACCAGCUCUAGUUAAGGUUGGCUCUCGUUCGGUCGUUGCUCCUAGCUGUUAGGCAGCAGCAGCAGCAGUAGCAGGAGAAGUAGCAAAUGGCCAGGCCAGCUCGCUGACAGAACAUACAACACGGAACGAAGGAAGGAAGGAACGAACGAACGAGAGAGAGAGAGAGUAUAUUCGUUCGCUACAACUGCCGCUGUGAUCUCCUUAGUGCUCGUCGUCUUGUCGUGCUACGGGGACGGCCGGGGUGCACCGCUGUUCGGCCGUGUCGUGCUGCCCGUUGUUUCUAGUGGUAUCAGCAACAACAACAGCAGUAGUAGUUGUGGUAGUAGCGGUGACUCGAAUUAGUAUCUUUGUCGCGCGCCGUGUUUCCGUCGUCAGCAAGCCAACGUUGCCCUCGUUGUCGUCCAGUGUCUCGCGUGGUUUUGCCAGCACUAGCAGCGGCGCUAACAGCGCUGCAAGUCCGAGAUAGAAGCGACAGAGUCGUAGAAGGGAGACCGUGGGGCAGUCAGUUGAAUUUCGGCGAACGGCGUGCAAGUCGUCGGUGCCCGUAGUUCUACAACUAGUACUAUCGAAUAUCUGUUCUCGUGGCGAUCAGCAGAGCAGUGAGUUUUACCGUUGUAUCGUCGUUUACCAUCUACCACCACAGCAUCGCAGAACAGUGCCACAGCGUACCAGCUUGCCACUAAGAGUAUAACAAGAUCCACGAUUCAAUGACACAGGGAGUAACUCAGCGAUUCUGUGUACUUGCGCUAGAGUAAGAAGAAUGCUAUCAACCCGAUUACGACUACUGGAGAAAGCGCACGAAUAUUACAGUUAACAUUACUAACAACAGCACGGCUCUUGUUACUCAUACAACGAUUACCAUAACAACAGCUACUUCUACAACAUCUGCUGCUCCGAUUUUCUGAUUACUGAUUGUAUAUUAGUGCUGCCAUUGCGGCCGAUGCUAUUUGCUGUCUCGUGCCCGUCCACGGCCACCGUUGCUACCAUUGAACGCACGGCCGAUGCCAAUAUAUACAGCCACCGCUGUUUUGCAUGUGGUAACUGACCACCAUUCUCCAGCAGUCUCCUUCUCGUCGUGUUCAUUUACCGUAAAUGCCGUAGCUGCUGCUGCUGCUGGAGUUACACUCGCAGUUGUUUCUCAAACGAAAGAGUCUCUACCCGUGUUUUUUCUUCCUGUAUUGCGAGCUGCCACUGUUAAAGGUAUAAUACAAGAGUGCAGGAAUUUGACUGUGGUGUGCGGCAACAGAGAUUGCUCCCAUACAAUUAUUACUGCUACUGCAGUGCAGUUGAGGUGUUGAAAAUAUCUUUUACUCACCGGUGUCUCGGUGGGUUACCGUGUGUGUACUGUGAUAACGAGGAAGGACUCACUUGCCCGAGAGCCGCUAUGGACGCGGCCCGCAAUCGUAUCGUAAGCUACAAGAAUAGAGGCAAGGACAAUGAUGAGAUGCGCAGGCGGCGAAAUGAGCAGACCGUCGAACUGCGCAAAAAUAAGCGUGAAGAGUCGCUACUGAAGAAACGUAACGUUCCUCUGGCUGCCGCUGCUUCGGAAGGUGAGGUUGAUUUAAGUUCGGAAAGCGACGGCGACACUGAGGGCGAACUGUCCUGUCGGGAGGACGAUGCGGAAACGCGUCUCGAGAAUAUCGUCGCUGCUGCGCGAAAUCCCGACCCCGCUGUACAAUUGCCGGCUGUUCAAGCUGCGCGGAAACUGCUCUCGUCCGAUCGAAAUCCACCCAUAGACGACCUCAUUUAUGCCGGCAUUCUGCCCGCACUCGUUGACUGUCUCCGGAAGCACGACCAGCCUGGACUACAAUUCGAGGCCGCAUGGGCGCUAACCAAUAUCGCUUCAGGCAGCUCACACCAAACGCGGGCUGUCGUUUCGGCCGGCGCAGUGCCAUUGUUUCUCGAGCUAUUGCAAUCACCCCAACAGAAUGUCUGUGAGCAAUCGGUCUGGGCGCUGGGCAACAUUAUUGGCGAUGGGCCGGAACUGCGUGAUUUAGUUAUUAAUCUCGGUGCUGUGCCACCAUUGCUCGCAUUCGUCACACCCGAUGUGCCACUGUCAUUUUUACGCAACGUAACAUGGGUACUCGUGAACCUUUGCCGGAAUAAGGAUCCGCCGCCGCCGACGUCUACAGUCCGUGAGCUGCUACCCGUCUUGGGAAUAUUAGUACACCAUGCCGAUGCAUCGGUUCUGGUAGACACGGUCUGGGCACUAUCAUACCUCACCGAUGGCGGUAACGAUCAGAUUCAGAUGGUGAUUGAUACUGGAGUCGUUGCUGCACUUGUACCGUUGUUGUCACAUGCCGAGGUGAAGGUGCAGACAGCUGCACUUCGCGCCGUUGGCAAUAUAACAACUGGCACCGAUGAACAGACUCAAAUUGUGCUCAACCAUGGCGCGCUGCACCAUUUUGUUUCGUUGCUUCAGCAUCCAAAAGAUAAGAUCAAGAAAGAGGCCGUCUGGUUUUUGUCGAAUAUCACUGCCGGCAACCAACAACAGGUACAACAGGUCAUCGAUGCUAACCUCGUGCCAUUGAUCAUACAUCAUCUGUCCAAUGGCGAUUUUCAAACGCAGAAAGAAGCCGCCUGGGCAGUGUCGAAUCUGACAAUCUCUGGCACCCGAGAGCAAAUGGAAUAUCUUGUACAGCAGAAUGUUGUAAAUCCGUUGUGUACUCUUCUAAUGGCGCAUGACCAGCAAGUGUUGCAGGUUUGUCUCGACGCGCUUAACAACCUACUCAAAAUGGCACAACAGUCCACGAAUGAUCUGGGUGUUGCCCGACAGAUCGAGGAAUGCGGCGGCUUAGAUCGGAUUGAAGCUCUUCAAAACUCGGAAAACGAAGAAAUCUACAAAUUGGCAUACGACGUGAUCGAUCAGCAUUUUUCCGAGGAAAAUGAUGAGGAUCCUCGCUUGUUGCCCGAAGGAGGUUCUCAGGCCUUCCAGUUUGAUCCUUCCGGCGGGCUGCACGCCACCGGAUUCAAAUUCUAGCGUGAAAGCGUACGCAGUUCCGGUUAGGCUAACAAACUUGAAACCGUCUAACCAUUUGCCACCCAGUUAAUUUCGAAAGCAGAGAUGAGAUCACCAGGGAGUAGAAUAAUCGUUCGCCUCUCGCGUUCUGCCAACUGAUGGGUGCCGAGUAUCAUGUCAGUCAACAAACGAUGGGCUGGUAAAUGCUCUCGCGCUCUUUUGUUUAGCGUUUAGUGCAACAGCAAUCAGCUGUCACCGGUGUCGCAUACGUGCUUGCAUUAAUACGCUUUGCUGAUCGCUCUGAUAAGCCAUGCAGUUUCAACGGCGGACGUACAGACAUAAAAUAAGGCCGACAGGCACAACGCCAGGCGGCGGCAACAACUGAAGACGCAGAGAAUUCGACAAGAGGGAGAAAUAGAUUUAAGUCGAAGCAAUUGGAUCUAUUGCCGAAACGUUUCAAUCGGACUCCUCAGUUCAUUCUGCCGAAAGCCUAUCUAACCCCCGGCACGCUAGGUGGGGUGUUCUGUCGAGCAACGAGUAGAAGCCACAAUCCUAAUGCCAUCGUCAGUCGGAAGACACCAAGCUCCCAAUUCUAGCCAAAUACACUGAAUACAGUAACGUUUAACUCGGCAGGACUGCGGCUUUUUCCCUACACUUGGGAAUCGAUAUUACUCUACACAUAAUGAUGUAAAAACAAAAGCAUAUAGUGUCACCACACUUGCUACCACUACCCCACAAAACAGUAAAUCAAGGGCACUCCUGGUUAACUGCGUAAUGGGAUGUCUUAUCAUCUAAGCGCUGCUAUCCAUACGCGAGAUGGGAUAAAGUAUGCGAAAGGUUAAUGACAGCAGCAACAAUAGUAAUAGAGAAUAAACUCAAAACUAGAAAAAGUCCCUGCUAUGUACAGUUAAACGUUGAUAGUAUCGAAAAAAAGUAAAGGAAACGAAGAGGCGAAGAAAUAAACAAAACACAUUAAUGGCAACUUUAUAAAGUUGGAUUUACAGCCAUUUGGUAAAAAUCACCUGCAGCUGCAAUUUUUUGGUGUGGGAUAUAGGUUACAGCGGUACAACUAUUGAUUUGGAAAAAUGAACUCGCGCUCAACAAAAAUACACCACCAUAUAACUCGGCUGCAGAUGCAGUUUGUCAUCUGAGAAGUGUAUUCAUAUUAAUAUAAUUCUUUAAAAUAGUAAUAAUAAUUAUAAGAAGCCGAAAUUGUGAAUCGUUAACGAUAUUCGUGAACGUUACAGUGAACCAACGCGAGAAAACGAAGUUGUGGUGACUUUGUACAGUAAACGGAGGUGAUGACAUAUAAUUACUGAAGUGUAAGAGUGGUAAUUAUUACUGUACAAUGACUACUAUUAUUAUUAUUACUAUUAUCAUUAUAACUAGAGCUAAUUAACAGAUUAAGACGAAUGAUUUAAGAAAAUCAAUGAUAAAAUGAUGGCGGCAAGGGCAGAGAAGAUGUGACUGAGAAAAACGCGAGUAAGGGCGAAACGCGAAAAGCAACAGUGGCGACGUCUUUUCUUCAAAAUUGUCGGAGGACUAACUCUUCGAGGCAGACUUCCCGUGGACAGCUGCUUGCUAUGGCAUAAAUAGAUAUAUACAUAUAUAUAAAUAUAUAUAGAUAGUAUAAUACUGGCAAGAUGGGGGGUGGGAAGAUCGGGGGCAGGGAAUAAAGAAACGACCGGUGAUGUCGAUGAUUUAAGACGCUGAAUGAAAACGAGGAAGAUAACGCUGGUAAAAAGCAAUUUUGUAUCUUAAAAUGUUAAU